GGCAGUCAGUCAAAUGUCUAAAUCCUUUUGACAGUUCUUUCUUUUUGUUCUGUCAAACGAACUGAAACAUGGCUGAGGUUGAUGAAACUCUCAAGAAGAAACGUACCUUCAGGAAGUUUACCUUCCGAGGGGUCGAUCUUGAUCAACUUCUUGAUAUGCCCAAUGAGCAACUCAUGGAGUUGAUGCACGCUCGAGCUCGCCGGCGGUUUGCUCGUGGUCUUAAACGUAAGCCAAUGGCGUUAGUCAAAAAGCUACGUCGCGCGAAGAAGGAAGCACCUCCGAAUGAGAAGCCUGAAAUCGUCAAGACACAUCUGCGUAACAUGAUCAUCGUUCCUGAGAUGGUUGGCUCAAUUGUGGGCAUUUACAAUGGAAAAACAUUCAACCAGGUUGAAAUCAAGCCAGAGAUGAUUGGACACUACCUAGGGGAGUUCUCUGUUACAUACAAGCCAGUAAAGCAUGGUAGGCCUGGUAUUGGUGCAACGCACAGUUCCAGGUUCAUUCCCCUCAAGUAGAAUUACUUGACUGUCAUUUUCUAGGUUAAGUGGAAAAAGUUUGCGCAAGAGUACAAUAAAGUUCUUGUGUAAAUAAAA